AUGGAAUCUAACCAGGGCUCCCACGAGCAAUUCAUCGGCAUCAGCCGCGCCGCCUUCCUUCGGUUCCGUAAGAGGCAACAGGUCAAGGAAUACUACCAGCGCAGCGCCAUCGAGGCCGCCUUUGCGCGUCUCCUGCAGACGGCGUCCUGGGGUCGGUCCGAGAGUAAAGAAGAGCGGGAUACAGCCGUCAGGUUCGCCGAGGUCGUCGAGUACAUCCCGCCGACGCAGACGCCCGUCGGGACGGAGGAGCAGCAUCCCUGCCACCCGUGCAGGUCGGAACUCGAGAAGCCGACGGUCAACGAAGAAGAGGCUGGAACGGAGGCAGCCGAGGACGACGCAAAGUCUCUAGGGAUUACAGGCGAUGACGGUCAGGACGAGAUUGCCAAGAAGAUGUGGAGCGUUUUACACCCAGAAGAGACGUAA